AUGGGGAGUGAACCAGUGAAUGUGAAUGAAUUUCAAGAGUUGGCUAAGCAAGCCCUUCCAAAAAUGUAUUAUGAUUACUAUGCUGGAGGAGCUGAGGAACAGCACACACUGAAGGAGAAUGUGGAAGCAUUUCGUAGGAUCAGGUUUCGACCUAGAAUUCUAGUAGAUGUGAGUCAAAUAGACAUGUCAACUACUUUAUUGGGUUACAGAAUCUCUGCACCCAUUAUGCUUGCUCCAACUGCUUAUCAUAAGCUUGCAAACCCUGAAGGUGAGUGUGCCACAGCACGAGCUGCAGCCGCAUGUAACACAAUUAUGAUUUUAUCAUACAUGUCUUCCUGCACUGUGGAGGAAGUUGCUUCCAGCUGUGAUGCCAUUCGCUUCUUUCAAUUAUAUAUGUACAAGAGACGAGAUAUAUCAGCACAGCUGGUGCAGAGAGCUGAAAGAAAUGGAUACAAGGCAAUUGUCCUCACCGUUGAUGCUCCAAGACUUGGCCGAAGGGAGGCAGACAUUAAGAACAAGAUGGCUCUACCACAGUUGAAGAAUUUUGAAGGUCUCAUGUCAACUGAAGUUUCCUCUGAUGAAGGUUCAAAGCUUGAACUUUUUGCCAAAGAGACUUUUGAUCCUUCAUUGUCAUGGAAGGACAUAGGCUGGUUAAAAUCCAUUACGAACUUGCCAAUUCUUAUUAAGGGUGUACUUACUCGAGAAGAUGCAAUAAAGGCUGUGGAAGUAGGUGUUGCUGGGAUUGUUGUCUCUAAUCAUGGAGCUCGGCAGCUAGAUUAUAGUCCAGCCAGUAUCACUGUUCUGGAGGAGGUGGUUCAUGCUGUUGGAGGGAAAAUUCCCGUACUAUUUGAUGGAGGAGUACGGCGGGGAACAGAUGUUUUCAAGGCCUUAGCCCUUGGUGCACAAGCUGUUCUUGUUGGAAGGCCAGUUGUAUUUGGACUGGCAGCAAAAGGAGAAUAUGGAGUGAAACGGGUCAUUGAAAUGCUGAAGGAUGAGCUGGAGCUAACCAUGGCCCUUUCUGGCUGUCCUAGUUUGAAAGAUAUUACAAGGAGUCAUGUGAGAACUGAGAGAGAGAGAUUCCAAUCCAUGCUUUAAUAUUCUUUUGAAGUAUCCUCUAAUGGUUUCAGAAAAUCAGUUAUGGUUCAAAUUCUGCAAAAGAGCUUCUCUGAAGUGCAAGAGAUGAACUUCAUAUAGAGAGCCUGUUCUCAACAGUGAAUUCAAUUUCCAUAUCUGUUUCACUUUCAAAUACUACACUUGUAUACGUUAUGAAAAAAAAAACCCUUGCGAAUGAAUUCAUCAGUAUUAUAUGA